AGCUGGGGCACACCCACAUCACAUGGCCGGAUACAUUUCGGUGGAGAAACCGGAAGCGCUACAGCAGGGAGAGGGAGCAAAAGAGAGAGAAGGAGGAUGGUGGAGUGAGACCGUGAAACCGUUGCCAUCUCUCAAAUCAGGACGGCACAUACCAUGGCUUGGACGUGGGUGGCGCCAUGAGUGUGAAAGCUUUUGAGCUGGUUCCCGCCGUGGGGCGGGAACAGGUGAUGGGUGAUAAGGUGCGCAUUAACAUCGAAUGCAUAGAAUGCUGUGGUAAUCACCUGUACCUGGGCACCAAUGACUGCUUCAUACAUCACUUUCUACUAGAGGAGCACACAAAAGCCAAGGGAAAACUGACAUACACUGCCCAGAAGCUCCUCCAUAAAUACCUGGGCUUAAAAAAGCCAGUGCUAGAGCUGAAGGCCGCCUCGGCUUUAGAACGUCUCAUUGUCCUUUGUGAUGCAACCAUCACUGUUGUGAACAUGGUUACACUGGAGCCCGUGCCCACCGGAGGCAUCAAACUGAAAAGUGUGACUGCGUUUUGUAUUAACGAGAACCCGGUGACGGGCGACCCGUUCUGUGUGGAAAUAGCAGUGGUGUCGGCACGCAGACGGGCGGUUCAGAUCUGUUUGGUCUACGAGGAUCGGGUGCAGAUGGUAAAGGAGGUAACCACAUCGGAGCAGCCCUGUGCCCUCAGCUUGGAUGGGUACUUUAUCUGCCUGGCCCUAUCUACGCAGUACAUGAUUCUGAACUACAACACUGGAGCAUCCCAGGAACUUUUCCCUUACGACUGUGAGGAGAGGAGACCCAUCGUCAAAAGGAUCGGCCGGGAAGAGUUUCUCCUGGCAGCCCCAGGAGGGCUUGGAAUGUUUGCUAACGCCGAGGGCAUAUCGCAGCGGGCACCGGUGAGCUGGUCAGAGAAUGUGAUCGCGGCAGCUGUGUGCUUCCCAUACGUGGUCGCCCUGGAUGAAGGUUUCGUGACCGUUCACAGCAUGUUGGACCAGCAGCUCAAACAAACGCUGUCUUUCAGAGAUGGACACCUCCUGCAGGAUUUUGAAGGUAAGGUGGUAUUGGCCUCUACAAAGGCGGUGUAUAUACUUGUGCCUCUUCCUCUAGAACGUCAGAUCCAAGACCUGUUAGCAAGCCAUCGAGUCGAGGAAGCAAUGACUCUUACGGAGGCCGCGCAGAGAAACAUUCCCAAAGAAAAGUAUCAGAAAUUGCACAAAAGAAUUCUCCAGCAAGCAGGAUUCAUCCAUUUUGGCCAGCUUCGAUUUUUAGAAGCGAAAGAACAUUUUAGGAAGGGACAGCUGGACGUACGAGAACUGAUCUCCCUGUAUCCGCUUCUCUUGCCUGCAUCUUCCUCCUUCACGCGUUGCCAUCCACCUCUUCACGAAUUUGCUGACCUGAACCACCUGACACAAGGGGACAAGGAGAAAGUGCAGCAUUUCAAACGUUUCCUCAUCAGCUACCUGCACGAGGUACGGAGCUGCGACAGCGCUAACGGUUGUAGAGAAGACGUGGACACAGCGUUGUUAAAGCUUUAUGCCGAGACAGGCCACGAGAGCCUUCUGGAUUUGUUGGCCUCCGAUAACGCUUGCCUUCUUGCAGACAGCGCCCCCUGGCUGGAGAAGCAUCACAAGUAUUUUGCUCUUGGACUUCUGUAUCACUACAACAGCCAAGAUUCUGCUGCUUUACAGAUGUGGAUUAAGAUUGUCAACGGUGAACUUCAGGAUUCAACACGGACCGAUCUGUUUGAAUAUAUUGUGGACUUUCUUAUUUUUUGUUCCAACCCUGACCUUGUGUGGCGGCAUGCAGACUGGGCCCUACAGAAAGAUCAAAAGAUUGGUGUCCAGAUCUUCACCAGAAGGCCAGUUUCUGAGGACAAGAUGGGACAGCUAAACCCAGAUGACGUGAUCACGUAUUUGCAGAAGCACAAGCAAGCCCUUCUGUUGUACCUGGAACACCUGGUACUAGAGAAGAAACUGCAGAAAGAGAAGUAUCACACACAUCUUGCUGUGCUGUAUGUAGACCGAGUUCUCAACCUGACCUCACAACCAUCUGCAACCAAUGAGCAACUGUCCGCCACUCGACAGAAACUACAACGGUUACUGAAGGAGUCCAGUCUGUACCAAGUCCAUCUAUUACUCAGUAAACUCCAGGACUCUGAGCUGCUGCUACUCGAGCGAGCUACACUACACGGGAAGUUAGAGGAACAUGACAAAGCUUUGCACAUUUUAGUGCACCAGCUGAAAGACUCACCUGCGGCUGAGGAAUACUGCUCAUGGGCUUCUGGCUCCCAGGACCAGGUGUACCGCCGGAACCUUUUUCACCAACUUUUGAGCAUUUACUUGGACCAGGAUGUGCCCGGAGGGCCACAAACCGUAGCCGCAGUUGACUUGCUUAACCGGCACGCUGAAGAUUUUGAUGCAGUGCGGGUGCUGGAACUCCUCCCGGGGGAGUGGUCUCUACCGCUACUCCGUCCUUUUCUUUGUGGGGCAGUAAGGGCCAGUGUGCAUGCACGGUAUACCUCACAGGUUGCAGUGCGGUUGGCCCGCGCAGAAAAUAUCCAGCUUAAACACGACAGGCUGAAGUAUCGAGGUGGCCCAAUAGUAGUUUCUGAAAAGAAGGGGUGCAGGCUCUGCCACAACACUUUUAGUGAGCCAGACUGUGUAUGCCUACCUGGCGGGACCCCUGUUCAUAUUCACUGUAUCACUAAAAAAGGCCAGGUCUUGCCAGCUGAGCGGCAACAGGAAAGCGGCCACUACAGUAACCAUACAUGAAACUGAUGGAUAUUUUGGGGCUGUCAACUGAUGGCGGUUUAGCACCUCUACUGUAGCGCAUAAGGGAUCCAGUCCAGAGCCCGAUCAAGAGCGCUCGGUAUGACCAGGACCUUGCUAAACAAAUCUGUUUGUAUGUUUGUGCAGAAGUCAAUUCGUGAAUGAGCGCGUGAGAAACUAUUUAUUCUGUUGUCCCUCUGUUUGUGAACGCAACACUGAUGAUGAAUAUGAAUGAUAGUUCAUUUUAAUGAACAUCAAACUAAAAGUUUAACUAAUAUUGUGUCUUGUUAUCACAGCCUUCCAGUGGCUGGUUGAGUGGCUCUCUUGAAAUCCUUUACUUUUAAAUGGGUAUAAAUGCAAUGUAAACUCAAAACUCAUUGGCUGAAGAUGUGAUAUCUAUGCUAAAAAAUUAACUAUGGUUUUCCAUAGUUCUUCCAACACGCAUGAACAAAAAUGUGUCUGAAUACACUAAAAGAAAAGGAUACUGGCCUGCAGUUUUCAUCAAACACCAAAGUUACUUUGUACUGACCGGUUAUAGCCUUACCCAAUGCUUGCGCUUUUGUCAUGGUGUAUUUUAUAUUCUUGGGAGGAAUGAUAAUAUUUCAUUAUGAGUAUGAAAGGAAAAUGUUCAUCGUCUGGCUACAGCCAAGGCUGGGAAGAUAGCUAAGUUACACCACAGUCUUAUGGAAACUGUUCUUCAAAGUGUAUGAAAAAGUCUCAUGUCUUUAUCAUGUCUAAUUUGGCUUGUUCCCUACGUAGAAACUUCCCUUUCGAAGUUUAGGAUGCAAAGUAAUAUUUGUCAUUGUCUUAAAUUAUCAAGAGACUGUUGCCAUAUCGUGUUCGAUCAAACAGAACUGAUUGACUCAGGCUGUUGUGUUUGUAUACACUUUAGACUUGGAUGCUUGCAUUGCUUGCUACAUCUCGUAUGCAUGUGGUGAUGUGGGCAUGGUUGCUUUUUGUCUAAAGAAUGCUAAGAUGUGAUUAACUUUUUUGAUUAAAAAAAGAAAAAUCAUUGUAACAUGUGAAAUUACAUUUUUUAAGGUAAGCAAGGGUGAUAGAUUGCUUUUUGCAUAAAAAACAUAACCUCAUAUUUUUUUUUAGAUUUACAGCAUUUUAUGGAUAAGGGAAGUGUUUUUUGUGAUGUUGAAAGGUUGGCAGAACUGGUUAGUGCAAAAGUGACGAAAAGCACAGAAUCAACACUGCCUACUAAAACUAAAAAGACGUCGACCAGGACUGAUCAGUUGAGUAAGCGGCGCCUAUAACUUAAGAUAAUGUGAAAUUUGAGCUUUAUGGAACUUUAUGCUAAACUUUAUCUGUCUAACUAAAUUCUCACCAAAAAUACUACAAUACUUUGGGUGUUGUACAUUGUUGUGGACCCUUUACAAGUUAAUAUGGCAUAUAAAUCUUGAAAUGGCUGUGCAUUUUUGUUUAAAUUUGCAAAUCCUCAAUCCCAACUGUUUCUCAAUACAUCGUGCAACAAAUUAUUCCAUUCCAUAACUGUCUAGAGUUUUUUUCAGCGAUUUUAAUGAAAAUCCUACAUUGCUACAUAUCUUUAUAUCCACUGAAGUAUUUUAUAUAUACACUGUAACUGGUGUGUACAUACUGUAUUAAUACUAUGUGUUGCUUUGUAAAUCAAUGCCAAUGUGGGUGAAAUGUACAGAAUGUAAAGAUGUCCAUUUUAAUAAACAAUACUAUGCUUA